UCGCUGCUCGCAGUAAUGCGGCGUGAGUGCGUGGAUACGUACAUAGGUCGAUUUGCGCAUGAGAACAAGAUAUCAUGCCAUUCGCUGUGAAAAAAGGGCGCGCUUACGAAAUGUGACACAUUUCGUGUGAAUACAAAUGAAAUCGUAUUAUGAAGAUAUCAACGUGACUGAUCAUCAGAUUUCUUUGCGAUUUGCCAAUGAGGAUCGAAUUCAACGACGUCAUGAUUUUCUUUGGUGCGAAUAGAAGAUGGUAUUACUUUCGAGAAAGAUGAGUUUUUCGUGAGAAACCAAAAAUGGAGAAUCAAGGCUUCGAAGGAGAGCAAUAUCGCAAUAACGGAAGCAGUUAUUUUAUUCACACAGAUUCCGCGAUACAUCCUGACGUUCACGUUUACGAGGACAUCGGUCCAAGUCGUGAAGAAUUCUGUAGAAUUUCUUCCGGUUUCCUCGAAGAGUCAGCUCGUUCGAAAGUCGAACAGAAUGGUCGUUCAUUUAUAACUUCGAACUUUAAGAACGACUCGGCUGAAGGAAUUCGAUCGGAAUCUUCUCAGUCGAUUUAUUUCCAACGAAAUUUAACGUUGCCUUUUCGCCGAGGACUUUUAUCGUCAACUUCGUCUCCUUCGACGAGUUACUCCAUAUGGGAAAAGAGAUGGAAAAGUAGUAAAGAAAAGAAAGAUCCUUCGUUAGAAAGAAAUCUUUCUGAUAAUCCACGUUCACGGGAAGAUAAUGGGAAUAAAAAUAGUGCAUUAUCGAGAUUGCGAGAAGAAGAUCAUGUUAGGGCAAGCGAAAAAUGCAGGAGGAAGGAUUAUAAACAUUGUAAAAAUAAAGGUAACUCUGUGAAUUCUGAGAGUCAGGAGAAGAUAAACGCGAAUGAUGAGAAAGGUAAAGAAUCAUCAUGCUCGUGUCUAUCGAACGAAACAAUCCUUUUCCAACACAAUGACAAGUUCCUUCCGCUUUGUCACUCAUUGUGCAAGACUACCGAAGAAUCCACGGAGUUUACGAGACAAAAUUCUUCUUCCAUUGCGAUAUUUUCGAUCUCAGAGAAGGUUCAACAGCAAAAGCAAGAGCAAUAUCAUCAUCGUCAUCAUCACGAACAGCAGCACUUACCAUCGAGAGCACUCGAAUACCUGCAGUACGAUAGAAACGACGUUGAAACGAAGCUCGCCCACGUGUUGGAAACUAACGAAGAUAAGGCGCUCAUUAUAUCGAAGAGAAGUCAACCAAAUAUGAGAAUAAAUUCGAUUUACACACAAGAUCAUUGGUAUGCUAAGGAAGCUCCAAUAUUUUUCACGGAUCUUAAGGAAUCAAGUACUUUUCAGAGGGCUUAUUCCCUCCCAGUACGAAUGCAAACUCCUACUUCGCAAAAUCGGGUUAACUUGCGAAAAAGCGUCCGUGGCGAACCACCACCGGAUCCAGCAAGACUUCACAAACAUCAUCGCGGAUGGACGUUACAUCUUGCACGACCACUCGAAGGAUCUGGCUGCAAUAGAUCUUUGAUCUUCUUAUUGGUCCUUUUAUUGAUACUUCUCGGAGUAGGCGCUGGUGCUCUUUAUAUCGUCUUCGAACCGCAAAAACUACAAAUUAUUCAACUUUAUCUGAAAUCAUCGAAUGGAAACUCAUCGAUGCAAAACGUCACGUCCGAGGAGUCUUUCAAUCAGGUUUUCUCAAACGAAUCGAAGAACGUGCCGAUGAGAACACCAACGACAAGUACCAUUCACAUGGCCGAUGUAUUUUUAAACGUCGACCUGUCGUUCUCCGAUGAUACUCCAUCGCUGAUCACGAAAACGGAAACGGAAGCAUCGAACAUUGUGCAUGCGAAUACUAAUUCAACGAGAUAUUGCGAUGACUGCUUGAGUGGAGAGGUCUGCGUUGGUUUGGUAGAUGAAGAAGUGCCUAUUUGUAGAAUCGGUUUGGAUCCUGAAGAUCCAACAGGAUGUGCUGGUCUGUGUAUUAUCAACAAGCAAAGAUGUCAUCGUCUUGACAUCGAUGCUUUUAGAUGCGUAGAGAUAGAGCACUACUGUCUAAACGAUGAGUGGACUUGCGUGAAUACACUUUGUAUUCCUAUGGAAAAACGUUGCGACGGUCAUAUGAACUGUUACGAUCACUCUGAUGAGUACAAUUGCGAUUGCAAUUCAGAGACGCAUUUUCAGUGCGGCAACGAUACUUCUUGCCUACCAUUGGAAAGGAGAUGCGAUGGUAGAAUAGAUUGUUGGGAUGCUAGCGAUGAAAUUAAUUGCACCUUAGGUCAUAAUUUUGGUCGGUCAUGCCCAUUGGAAAGCGAAUUUACGUGCAGUAACGGGCAAUGUAUAUUAAGGGCUCGAUUUUGCGAUGGAUUGGUCGAUUGUGCCGAUGGAUCGGACGAGCCACAUGGAUGCGAGGGUCGAUGCAAUAAGCAUGAAUUCACAUGCCAAAAUAAUAGAUGCAUUGCAAAAGGUGCAAAAUGUAAUGGAAUUGAUGAUUGCGGAGACUAUAGUGAUGAAAGACAUUGCAAAGAUCAUGUUAUGUAGCAUUUAUAAAUCAUGAAAAAAUUUACAAUGAGCAAGAAAAAGUUAUGAUACAUAUACAGUAUUUUAUAUACAAAUAAUUAUGUAUGUAUGUAACGUGUAUAUAUAUACACACACACGUCUUGUAUAGAUAGUAUAAUAAUCGUGAACGGAUAAUGAAUAUUAUUAAAUAAAAGAGUACUAAUUACUUCACAAUAAGUUUAUUUGUAAAUUUCAAUUUUUACAUAAGAGACUAAUUAGUUCAUAUUUGUCAUUAUUACAUAAAUAUAAUCAGGAAUAUUUGUAUUAUGCAUGUAUUGCAAAAAAAAAUAUUUAUUUUAUCAGUUGUUUUAAUUUUAAAAAUAUAUGAUCAGAAUCAUAAUCAUAAUUUUGUUCUAUGUAUUUAUAUAUUAUUACCAAUGAUUAAAACAUUAAAUACUGGUACUUCCGUAUGUGCUAUAUUAUUAAUAUUUAAGCAUUUUUCAAUACAAGAUGCUUUAUAAAUUUUCGAAGCCCGAUUAAAUAAGCUUCUCGUGUUAAUGUAUUUUACUAUAAUUCUUAAUAUCGUUAUUAUAUAUAUACAGACAUUAAAUAUGCACACUUGCAUUUGGAUGUUUCAUUGUUGAACAAGUGAACCCCUUAUAAAAAUUCGUCUGGUUCACGUGGGGCAUCAAGGUCUCGAUAAUGAAUGACAGGUCGGAAAUCUCCUCCACCGCCACUGUAAUAGUGAGUAUUAGUUUAGUCAUUUAAUUAUAAAUAAACAAAAACUGUAGAAUGUUAUAGAAAUUUAUGUUGUAAUAGCAAUAUUUAUAUAUAUAUAUAUAUGAUUGUAUUUGUAUUUCGAUGACCAACCAGCAUAGGAAACAAAUGGAAAUGGGUUUAUAAUAAAAUCACAAAUAAUUAGUAACAAAUAGUUUUAUUUUGUUGGUCACAUAUAGUUAUAGCAUCGAUUGAUCCUAGUAUUCUUUGAAGUAAAUAAAAAUUUUGUAAUUUAUUUUCUUCACUUGGAAAAAUAAACAUAUAUAUAUAUAUAUAUAUAUAUAUAUUUUUUUUUUACGAAUAUUUGGAUCUCGAUGAAUUUUUAAAAUAAGAGUAAAUAAAAAUAUAAAAAAAAAUAGUUGUGCUGAUUUUGUAACACAUUAGUUUUACAAAUGAAUUUAUACUGAGAAUUGCAAAUGGCAGUGAACAAUUUUUGUAUUUCUAUUCUCUUUUUUCUUUUUUUUUUUUAGCGAUAUUGUGUUACAUAAUCCAGAUAUAAAUCUGUUGGCACAAAAGACCAGACAUUUUAAAAAAUUUUAUUUUAUUAAUGCAAGAAUCAAAUGGAAUUAAAUAAACUUAGAAAAUGUCCAUGUCCAUCUAGUCCAAGUCAUUAUAAUUAAUAAUAGUUCUUGAAGUUGAAUCUGCGGCGACCCUGGAAACAUUGUUUUUACUUUUUUCAAAAUGUUCCUAUUUUGACUGGAUUAAAAUAUCACCUGAAUAUAUACUAUAUUUAAUACGUAAAUAUAUACUAUAUUUAAGUGUUUCAUUUAUUCGACAUAAUAUUCUUUAAUACAUUGCGCAAAUGCUAUAUAUAGAAGAAAAAGAUUAAAAAGAUUUGCGAGUUAGAAAUAUAAAACAAGACAACAUACAAAAAUAUCGAAAGAUGAGGGAAUGCGUAUAAUAGAGAAAUUCAUGUCUUACCUUCCUCUGUUAAAACCACCACGACUGGGACGAGGCAUUCCAAAUCCUCCGCCAAAUCCGCCACCGUAGCCGGAGCCAUAACCUCCUCUGCCUCCUCCGUAACCAGCUCCAUAACUUCCAAAUCUGAAGACAAAGAAUAAAGGAAUUUCGAGAUAUAUAAUAUGCUUAUAAUUUUUUUAACAUUAUAGUUAUUACGAUAAAAGUGUCACUUCAAUUUUACUUACGUUGUACAACCGUAUGGAUUAAAACCUUCACGUGGUCCUUCCCUAGGCGAUACUUUAUUGCCAGGAUGUUCUGGAAGCUGUGGUCGUUUUGGAUCUUUCAGAUAAUUAUUAAAAUAUUCUGCUUCAGUCAUAACUUCGUUAACUUUCUCUGCGUGUUUAUUGAAUAUAUGUUUACGGAUAAAAUCAGGUCCCUUGAAUUUUUUUCCACUGAGAGGACACAACCAUUUAUCUUUCGAUAAUUCUUGCGUGUUCGCUUGCACAAAUUUUUCAACUUCACUAUAUGUCAUCGAGUUAAGGAAAAUAUUUGUGAACCAAAGAUAUUACGGUGAUCUAUUUCUUUCCUUACUAAAAUCAUCAGAUUAUAGUCACCCGACAAAAUUCUGUUUGAAUUAAUAACGAUAGAUGAACGUAGUAUAUCUUAAUAUCUUCAUGGCAAUCAACGUUCCUUAUCUUGGCAUAUAUUCACUUUGUUCUAUAUUAACCCUUUAGAGAUAUGUUUGAUCUCAGCACAGUUAUAAUUCAAAGCUACAAUUUUUACCUUUUAAUCAAAAUAAAAUUAUUAAUAUAUAGACAGUUAAAAAGAUGUAAUAAUACUCAUAUAAUUAAAUAAAUUUUUUUAAAUCAU